AGUUGACUGACCGCGAGUAAGAUUUCGUCGGGGUGGGAGGAGGCAAAGAAGGUUCGCGCCCCGCCCUGCCGCACACGCCACAAUAUGCAGACCGUGGGAACUUACCUCGCUCUCUGUCCGCGACGUCGUUUGCUGCACUGGCAGGGCCAAAUUGCUGCUCGUCGUCGGCGGGGAUGCUGGCCGCUGUGUCUACCGUUGCGGCGUGUGGUCGCAGCCAGUCCUAUCGUACAGCUGCGUGCAGCUAUCUGCACUCUUCGGCUUCCAAGUUUGUCCUGGUGUGGAGCUGAUAUCACAUUCUCGCCGACAUUGCAGCCGUUCAAAUGGCAUCAAUAUACUGCUCUAACCGCGAGCGGCCCCUGCAGUCAAUUGCCAGCGCGCUCUGAUGUCCAGGUCCUCGCAUUGCGCCGGAACCCGUCUCGUUGGCUCAGACUUGAGCGGAGCAACAUCACCGCGCUCGAUGAAGUCCGACCCAUGAAACUCCGUCUCGAUACGAUUCAAUGGUGCGCGAUCCCCGGUUCGACGGUCGUGGGAUCCUGGGCGUCCAUUCUUCGGCGAUUCUUUGCCCUAGGCCCCACGUUCCCAGCAUCUGUCAUUCUCCUUCCAGCAGGCGAGUCUCGUGUACAGUCAAGUCGUCGAGGCCACCGCUACGGGGCGUUGUGGUUUACUUCGCCUGGACUGUUUAAGAACUCGUUGACUCUGUACAAUUUUCGGGAUUGGAGCGGCCUUAGUAAAACUCGGCUAGAACGGGACGACUAUCAUUCAGGACCGUGCAGUCGUGCAGGUAAGGGUCCACCUUCAAUCCUAUCGUUCUCUGGACCUCAAAUACACGCAUCGACUACAUCGCGGAGAUUAAUUUGGCACCCGAUGCGCUGGGUACCAUGCGCUAUGAUUUCGGGCAUCGGUGGACAAGUCAGGGAAGGAAUGACUGAACGGGCGGCUGGGAAGCGGUGCGUCUAUGAUGACAAAUCGAUUCCUUGGUGCCUGGCUGUUCUGCGGUACUGAAAGCAGCACGAAUGAAUCUACGAGUGAUGCAGCUUAACGGAGUCACUCGCUCGUGUCAAGCUUGAUGGAUUUGAACUGACGGACCAGGGGUCAUCGCAGGGCCAAGAGAGUGUGGAGACUAGUCUAUAUCACCCGUACAAACAAGGUUUUUUUCCGCGCUGUUUCACGCAAUUAUGCAAGGCGCUCCGAAGGGCUCAGUGUAUGCGCUUUGAUCUUGAGACGUUCUCACAGUUCGGGAGGGAGUCGAUAAAAUGGCACGAUUCAUGCUAUAAGUGCGUGCUCCUUCUUAGG